AUGCGCGGCGGGCAGGGCGCGGCGCGGGCCCCGGUGAUCCAGUUCACCAACUGUCGCAUCCUGCGGGGCCGGGCGCUGCUCAGGGAGGAUCUGUGGGUGCGCGGGGGCUGCAUUCUGGACCCGGAGAAGCUAUUCUUUGAGGAGCGGCGCGUGGCUGACGAGCAGAGGGACUGCGGGGGCUGCAUCGUAGCGCCUGGCUUCAUCGACGUGCAGAUCAACGGUGGGUUUGGUGUUGACUUCUCUCAGGCUACAGAGGACGUGGGUUCGGGAGUCGCCCUGGUGGCCCGGAGGAUCCUGCCGCACGGAGUCACCUCCUUCUGUCCCACGUUGGUCACCUCGCCACCGGAGGUUUAUUGCAAGGUCCUUCCUCAGAUCCCCGUGAAGAGUGGUGGUCCCCAUGGGGCAGGGGUCCUCGGGGUGCACCUGGAGGGCCCAUUCAUCAGCCGCGAGAAGCGGGGCGCACACCCCGAGGCCCACCUGCGUUCUUUUGAGGCCAAUGCUUUCCAAGACUUGCUGGCCACCUAUGGGGGCCUGGACAAUGUCCGCAUUGUGACACUGGCCCCCGAGUUGGGCCGCAGCCACGAGGUGAUCCGGGCAUUGACGGCCCUUGGCAUCUGCGUGUCCCUAGGGCACUCAGUAGCUGACCUGGGCACUGCGGAGGAAGCCGUGCAGAGCGGGGCCACCUUCAUCACCCACCUCUUCAACGCCAUGCUGCCUUUCCACCACCGUGACCCAGGCAUCGUGGGGCUCCUGACCAGUGAUCGGCUGCCCCUGGGCCGCCACAUCUUCUACGGGAUGAUUGCUGACGGCAUACACACCAACCCUGCCGCCCUGCGCAUCGCCCACCGGGCCCACCCCGAGGGGCUGGUGCUGGUCACUGAUGCUGUCCCUGCCCUGGGCUUGGGCAAUGGCCGUCACACACUGGGGCAGCAGGAGGUGGAGGUGGAUGGCCUGACAGCCUACGUGGCAGGUGAGUGACCCCUAAUCUGGGUGUCCCCUGCCGACCCACUGGGCCCUCGGGUGGCCCAAUGUGCCUGGUGCCCUUGGCCUCCCAGAACCUGCCUUUUCUGCUCUCAAGGCACCAACACACUGAGUGGCAGCAUAGCCCCAAUGGAUACCUGCGUCCGGCAUUUCCUGCAGGCCACAGGCUGCAGCGUGGAGUCUGCCCUGGAGGCUGCGUCCCUGCACCCUGCACAGCUGCUGGGCCUGGAGAAGCACAAGGGGACCCUGGACUUCGGGGCCGAUGCAGACUUUGUGGUGCUCGACGACUCUCUCCACGUCCGGGCCACCUACAUCUCGGGCGAGCUGGUGUGGCAGGCGGAAGAAGCCAGGCAGUGA